ACAUUUAUAAGAUAGAAAGUACGAUUCGGUAAAGUUUGCAGAAUUGCCGUCUCCGUACGCGUUGUUCUUACGGGUAGUGUGGUAGUGUGUUAGUCGGUGAAGGCGAUAUAGGAAGUGUUUUUCUCUUUGUUGAAAUGCGUCUCGUUAUCCUGACCACAGCGGUUCUAGCGAUCGUUCUUCUGGAGCAUCUUGGAUACUGCCACAACGUCAAGGAUGACGACAGCGACAUGUACAUGGAAGAAAACAGACCUCUGUCAGACUACGCACAGGACUACCAACCCCAAGCGAAUUUCUACCCCUCCUUCCCAUCAUACCAGAAUCCCCCCUCAGGUCACUCAAGACCCUUCUACCAGCAGCAAGAAGGAGCUUACAGUCACCGUCCUCAGGGGUCCUACCAACAGCGCUUUGACUACGACACUGCCAAGUACACAGGAUACAAGGAUACACCUCGGGAUACAUCCUCGGAGAACCUGGACGUCCUUGGCUCCGGAAACUUUGGGGUAAUCAAGGGUGGUACCUUCUACCAGGGAAGCGAAGGUGGAGACAGUUCCAAUUAUGACGAUGAAUACUCCUCGUACUACCAAAAUGGUCACGGAAGGCCUUCUUCAUUUUAUUACAACCAGAACCCGAGGCCUUAUCAGCAUGAACAAUUCGCGAAUUUUAGGGACUUUGCAGAUAUAAACACACCCUCCUACAGUCAAUACAUCGUGGUGUACGCAAAUAAGAACGGUACUACUCAAGAUACCGCACCGGUUGUGGCUAAAAAAAGGCCUAAUAACAUUUUUGAAAGUCUGGCUCAGCUGGAUGACCAGGAUGAUCCUACCACCACUAAUCCACCGAAGAAACUGUCGAAAUUCAAGAGGAAAUUAGCCCUUCUUCCUAGAGAGAAAAAAGUUAGAGCUAAGACUGAAGGGAAGGGUCAAGCAGAUAAUGCUGAGCCUCUACUAGCUUUAAGCUAAAAUAAUUCUGUAUUACCUUUAAUUAACGUACCUGAGUGAGGCUUAUAAGAGAUUUGGCUGCAAAUCAGCCUGUUCUCGCUUGUUAUAGAGCGUGGAAAACCUAAUAGAGGGAACCUGAAGAUCUUUGCUCCCUCAAAACACCAUUUCAGUUUUCCUCGAUGGAAAACCAUGAAAUUGAGCUGUAUACGACUUAUAAUUUUUUAUGAGCAUUGAAUUCAAUCGAUUUAUCUCGAAUCAUGAGCAUAAUAUAAGUAGAUUAUAGUAGUUCAAGACAGAAGAAUCAGAAAUGUCAUUUUAUGGUCUGUUGAAACUCUACUCCGACUGACUUUAUUUAAGGAAAUUUAAUUUCAGCGAGAAUCCCAUGAGGACUUUCUGAGAAAUUCAGUUUUUCAUCCCAAAAUGUUUCAAAUAUGUUGAAUUAAUAAAUACUAAGUUAGAAAUAAUAAACUAUUCAAGGACUAAAUGGAUCAAUAAUUGGAAGAAAUGAAAGGAAGGAAUAUAACAAUGUAAAUAGACUUGUUGUAAGUUUCAUGAAUAAUCGAUUAAUUGUAAAUGACAAAAAGAAUACUUUACAUAUUGAUAUGAAAACUGUUGGAUGCUUUUGUAAGUAGUGAUGAAUGAAUUUAUCGAAUAAAAUUAGUUUUUCAGCGAA